AUGUACUAUCUUAUAAUUAAUGGUCCCCUCUGUGUAAGAUUAACUAAGAGGCCUGGUUUAUUAGCUGGAUGACAAUCCCUCAUUCAGUGCCUCAAUCAGGCAGCGGGGGCUCUGUGCUGAGGGCUGGCAGGGAGCUGGUUAACACUGACACGGCUGGCUGGUUUUAAUAGGGAGGUAGUGGAGAGAGGGCGAGGUACAGCACACAGCACAGCCGACACCUGCAAACACUUGACUGGACUCGGACUCUGGAAUACUAACGGGCUUGCUUCUCAUGAUAUUGUGAAAGAUGACAGUGCGACUGGAAUUGGGAAAGUUUUUCUGAGCUCCGCGUUUAUUCUCAAAGGGUAAGCGGUUGAUGAACGCAAGAUAGUAGUUUAACUGCGCCGACUGAAACUUUGGCAACUGAUAAAGAACGAAGAAACAACCUACUGUACAAGCCUACAAACAAAUGGACAUUGACGCUUUGAGGUGUGUUUUGUGACUGUUUUGUUCGCGUCGGACAGCUGUGCCACGGAAUGUAACAUCUUCCAUCUUAAGUUACCUGGACAAGAAAUCUCGGUGGGUAAACUCCUGCUGUCAUUAUCACGAUCAUGAUGCAAACCCUGCUCCUCAUCCUGAACUUUUGUGUCUGGGGUUGUCAUUGCAACGCCCGCACAACACCCCGAGUGCACCUGUCAUAUAAAGAGUUACUAGAGACAAAAACCAUACGGCCGUUCAGUUUCUCCUUCAACACCAGCGACUACAGAAUCCUGCAUAUGGACCAGGACCAAGGCCGGCUCUACCUGGGCAGCCGUGAAUAUGUAGUCUCUCUAGACAUGCAAAAUGUCAAUAAAGAACCCCUUAUUAUUCACUGGCCAGCAACAGCACAAAGAAAAGGGGAGUGUAAAUUAACUGGCAAAGGUGGACAGGGAGAGUGUGCUAACUUUGUGCGUCUGAUUGAGCCGUGGAACAGGACUCACCUGUACACCUGUGGCACAGGAGCUUAUAAACCCAUCUGCACCUUCCUCAACAGAGGCUGGAGAGCUGAGGAAUACCUGUUCCGGCUGGUUCCUGGUUAUGUGGACUCUGGAAAAGGAAAGUCUCCUUACGAUCCCCGGCAGGAGAACGCAGCAGCUUUGAUAAAUGGGAACCUGUAUGCUGGAGUACAUGUGGACUUUAUGGGUACAGAUCCAGCCAUCUUCAGGACCUUGGGAGACCGUCCCGCUGUCAGAACCGAGCAGUAUGAUUCCCGAUGGUUGAAUGAGCCUGUGUUUAUAAAAAUCCAGAAGAUUCCAGACAGUGCAGAGAAGAAUGAUGAUAAGCUUUACUUCUUCUUUCGGGAGAAGAGUUUAGAUGCUUCGGGGGGCAGCGCUCCGAGCGUCCUCGCCAGAGUAGGCAGAGUCUGUCUGAAUGAUGAUGGAGGUCAGAGGUCAUUGGUGAAUAAGUGGACAACGUUCCUCAAAGCACGGCUGGUCUGUUCUGUGAUUGGUGCAGAUGGUGUUGAGACUUACUUUGAUGAACUGAGAGAUGUUUUCAUCCAGAGGACCCAUGAUGAACGGAACCCCAUUGUUUAUGCUGUGUUCUCCACAGCUGGCUCUGUGUUUAAGGGCUCUGCCGUGUGUGUGUACUCAAUGGCAGACAUCAGAAAUGUCUUCAAUGGACCCUUCUCUCACAAACAUGGCCACAACUACCAGUGGACACCUUAUACUGGCAAAAUUCCUUACCCUCGCCCGGGGACUUGUCCUGGAGGAACCUUCACCCCUGAUCUCCACACCACCAAAGCCUUCUCUGACGAGGCUGUAAACUUUGUCCGCGCCCAUCCGCUGAUGUAUCAACCUAUAUAUCCAAUACACAAGCGCCCACUGGUGGUCAGGACUGGAGUUGACUACCGUUUCACCACUAUUGCUGUGGAUCUGGUGGAUGCUGUGGAUGGAAGAUAUGAGGUGCUGUUUCUGGGCACAGAUCGUGGCACAGUCCAGAAGGUGAUUGUCUUGCCAAAAGACAUCAGCACAACAGAAGAGCUCAUUUUGGAAGAGGUUGAGGUUUUUAAGACUCCAGCCGCUGUCAAAACUUUGAAGAUUUCUUCUAAAAGGCAACAGUUGUACGUGUCUUCAGAAAGGGGUCUUACCCAGGUGUCCCUGCACAGGUGUGCCGUUUAUGGCAAGGCCUGUUCAGACUGCUGUCUGGCCCGUGACCCCUACUGUGCCUGGGAUGGAGAACACUGCUCUGCUUUCACUCCGGCUACCAAGAGGAGAAGCAGAAGGCAAGAUAUCAAACAUGGAGAUCCCUUACGGCAGUGCAGAGGAUUCAAUGCUAAAGUAGAGAAGCGUCUGAGGGAGACAGUGCAGUUUGGGGUUGAGGGGAGCAGCACGUUCCUGGAGUGCCAGCCAAGAUCUCCGCAGGCCUCCGUCAAAUGGCUCCACCAGAAGGACGGCAAGCGAAGAGCACUCAGUCGAGACAAAGAUGUCUUGAAGACUGGUCAUGGCAUUCUGCUGAAAUCUCUCACCCAAUUGGAUGCCGGCCUUUACCACUGCCUGGCAACCGAGAACAACUUCAAACACACAGUGGCACGCAUCUCCUUACGGAUCCUGGACCGGGAGAUCGUGGAGGCGCUGACCGAGUCAGACGUCCCAAUCGAACCAGAGCACCACCGCCACCAUUCCCAUCACCACCCUCCACCGCCGCCCCCUCCCCCUCAGACCAACCCACCUGCUCUCAAGCUCCACCCACAGCCUGAAGUGCGUCUCAUCAACCAGUACUGCCAGUCCUACAGGCAGCAGAUACAAAGCCAGCCACACAAAGCCAAACGCAACAACCGCAGGCACACGGGAGAACAGGAAGGGGAGGAGCUACAGGAGCAGUGAAUGGAACAGCACCUGGGACCCUGCUGACCAUGUCCCAUCCAUGUGCCCCAUCAUGAUGUACUUCCUUGGCAAACUCGGUCCAUUUAAUAAAAUGAUUCAUUAGCUUAGACUGAUUCAAUUGAUUUAUUAGAUGUAUCAGACUGUGUCUGAGUUAGAUUGAUUUUUGUUUUGUGAUGUGCUCACUUCCAUAGUUAGCAUUAAACCCCACAGUUUUCAAAAUGAAUUCCUUAAGACAUCCAGCCACACCAGCAAAACUACUGCUGUUUUAUGUUAAACAUAAGCUAUUCCAUUCUACUAUUCAGUACACCUAUGACUGCAGUGUAAAUACUAUUAGAAACGUUUGAAAACAUGUACGCCGUAGAGGCUUCAAAAGGUGUUUGGGGUGAAAUUGAAAGAUUGCUGAUUCAGUCAGUCAUCUCUAAACCCCCAGACCAUAAAAUACAGUUAUGGAAGGAAUGUUUUGGAGCAUUUGAAGAUUAAUUACAAUUACAGCACAAUAUAUCUUGCCAUCAUUUUGACCACUAAAGCUUUCACUUUUCUUUGAAUUUUGCAAAUUGUUUUUAUAGAGUUUUCUCUAGUAAAGUGCUUGGAAGAACAGGUCGAUUUGUAUGGACAACUAGAAGUGACAAUUAAAAUGAAUAUGAAUAAAAUAUGAAAAUAUUUGUUUAAAAGUAAUAUAAUAAUUUAACAUUGAAAUGGAAAUAAAUCGCUUUAGAAAUUAUAAAUUGCUAACUAAUUUCUAGAAUGUAUUACUUUUAAGUGUCACUUAUAAUCCUCCAUACAUUUGAGCUUUAAUUUUAGUCUUGAUCCAUAACAGAAAUUAAAACCGUUUCUAUCAAAAGUGACAUUUCAGUAUUAUUCACGUUUAUUGUUUCAGAAAAAAAAAAAAAAACUACAGAUAGAUUGAGAAUUUAAAAUCAUUGCAAUAACAAUAUUGGAUAGUUUAAUUAAGAAAAAAGAUUUAAAUUUUUAAAUGAUUAAAAAUGUUUCACAUUACAAAUAUGUGGACCGUAAAAGGAAAUAUUUAUUUAAUACUAAAAAUAUUAUAUAUUUUGUCUCUCUUUUUUUUUUUUUUGUAAUGGAACAAGCAGUUCUUUGCAACAUGAUUGGAUCAUUGCCCUGGAAAUGUAAAUGUUUUAUUUGGACAAGACUGUGGACCAAAAUGAUAAGGAAACACUAGAAAAUGAAAAGAAUAAAAGUUGUUUAUAGUUUUUAUGCAUUGGAAUUUCUCCUUUGUGAUCAAUAAUGUGAAAAGCCCUGAUACACACUUCACAUUUCAAUUUUGAUUGCAACCAAAACACAAGUCAGUUAUCAUUUUUUGUCGUCUUGUAAAACAAAUGCUUGUCCCUAACUACUAUGAGUGAAGGGAUCAUCCCUGAUUUGAACUGCUGUAGAUACAGUUUUUCAGUCUGGUCUCUUCUUUUCUUUGACUCUGGACUCUGAUGAUAGUCAGACCACUAAAAACAUUCUCACUCUCAGUCCAUUGAUUGAAACAUUUUGUAUUCCACGGUUUGUCAAUGGUGAUAUGUGGUCAUGUUUUUUGCUCGUGUAUGAACACAGUAUCUGUGCUCUGUGUUGUGUGACAAUGACACAUGUACAUAGAAAUUUAUGUAUUCGACUAGUCACUGGUCAGGAGUAAAAAACUAACCUCCUCUCUUUCCUCAUCUGUCAUGUGACCCUCUGUCUUUCUCUUUUUCUCUCUCUCACCCACACCAUACAACAUAUUUAUUGUGAGCGUGUACAUAUUCAUUGUGUUGUGCUCUUUGGUGGUGGGACAGGGCUGGUUUUGAUGGGAAAUGUCAUUGUAUGUAUUGUUUAAUAACAGGACCAGGACACAUAGAGAGAUGCUGAGGAGAAAGAGGUAGAUGUUUUUGAGGAAACUAUAAUCGGCUAACCUGUAGACAUAUACAUUUUAACAUUUGAAACAUUUAAAUUAACCUUGGGGUUCUCCAGAAAAAAAUAUGGGCAAAAAUAAUAUCUUUUUAUCAGUUGGCAUGAAAUAUUUCAAAGUUACAGUGCAUUUUAAGCCAGAAAUGUCUACCUCUUCAAGCACUUUCUAUGGAAUAUCACUUGACACCAAACUAAAAGACAAAGGCAAGAGAAAGUGUUGUGUAAUUUUCUUCUGAGAACAUAUACUUUGUCUAGCCCGCUAACGUCAUUUUUUUGAACUUAUAAGAGACGGUUUCUCUUCGUUGGAUGUUGGAGGAAUAUUUAUGACUGUGUAUAAAAAGCACUCAAAGAAACGCUCUGUGGUUUUAACCCAAGACAUGUUAUCUGGUCUUGAAGGGUAGAGAACAUAUUCUAAAGUCCAAACCACACUUUCCUCUCCACAGAGAUGUUAUUAUGCAUAAGGACAUCCCACACAACUUCUCUGAAGAACUUUAAUGCCACAUAGACUUUCUUUGUCCUGUUGUGUCUUUCCUUUGGUGUUGGUUGUUGUGCUAAACAGAAACUUCCUAAAUACUUCCUCUUUGUAUUUACCAAUGUCUGUGUAGGUUCAUGUCAAUGUGAUUGUGAUAAAUAUUAUUUUAUUAUCCUGGGAUUUGGGAGUCCUUAUAGGUGUUUUUUAAAUGCAAUAACAAUAAACUGCUGUGCAUUUGUU